CCAAUUUCCCAUCAAAACCCUAGAAUCCCAAUCAAUUUUCCCGAGAAAAUUCAAUUCGAUCUCUGAUUGUUCAUCAAAAUGUCGGGUCGUGGAAAGGGAGGCAAGGGAUUGGGAAAGGGAGGAGCAAAGAGGCAUCGCAAGGUGCUGCGCGACAACAUCCAGGGAAUCACGAAGCCGGCGAUUCGGAGAUUGGCGAGAAGAGGCGGAGUGAAGAGAAUCAGUGGCUUGAUCUAUGAGGAAACCAGAGGGGUGCUCAAGAUUUUUCUCGAGAAUGUGAUUCGUGAUGCGGUUACAUACACCGAGCAUGCGAGGAGGAAGACUGUUACUGCUAUGGAUGUUGUUUAUGCUCUUAAGAGGCAGGGAAGGACCCUCUAUGGAUUCGGGGGUUGAAAAUUUGGGUUGCUGUGGGGUUGUGCUGUUCUGGGUUUUGGGAUUUGGGUUGUGGGUAUGUGUAAAUUUGGUGAAUUUGAGGUGUUGGUUGUGUUUUUUGGUUUGAGCUGAAUUGUCAUGUAUGUUGAUUAUCUCAAUCUAAUGAAAGAUGAUUGAAGUUACUUCUA